GGGGUCAUGAUUUUCGUCCGGAUUAUCGCAAUCUGAGCAUUCUACGCACAAACUAUCCGAAAGUCCCAAUGAUGGCGAUGACGGCCACUGCCACCCCGCGUGUACGUGAGGAUAUUUUGCAUCAGUUAAAAAUGACUAACACGAAAUGGUUCAUUCAGUCAUUCAAUCGUUCCAAUCUGAAAUUCGAAGUGCGGCCAAAAAAGUUGAAAAGUUGUACCAAGGAGAUCAUUGAAGUGAUCCACACGGAAUUUCCCAAACGAUCUGGGAUUGUCUACUGUCUGUCACGUCGUGAGUGCGAUUUGGUUGCGGACGAAUUACGAAAAGCCGGGCUAGCCGCGUCCGCGUAUCAUGCAGGCAUGACAGAUGCACAACGACGAAAAGUGCAAGAGGCGUGGAUUCAGGAAGACAAAUGCAAAAUUGUGUGCGCAACCAUUGCUUUUGGCAUGGGUAUUGACAAACCGGAUGUUCGUUUUGUGAUUCAUCAUUCAUUGCCAAAAUCGAUCGAAGGUUACUAUCAGGAAGCCGGUCGUUCCGGUCGAGAUGGACUACCUUCCACGUGUAUUCUCUACUAUCAUUGGCACGAUGUAGUCCGGCUGAGAAAAUUAAUUCAAGGUAGGUUCUUGGCAGCGAUCUCGCCGUACGAUCAUGAUGAUGAUGAGGAUGAUGCUGCUGCUGCUGCUGAUGAUGAUACUGAUGCUGAUGCUGCUGCUGAUGAUGAUCAGGUAGUGCAAUACAAUAUUUUCUCAGGUCACUGGGAUGGUCCGGGAGUCUCCACUUAUGCCACAAUUCAACUUCACGAAGAGGCUCUUUUUCGUAUGGUUUCCUAUUGUGAGAAUCAAAUCGAUUGUCGUCGGAAACAAAUCCUUUCGCAUUUUGGCGAGGCAUUCGAUCCGUCCGAAUGUGGUCUGGUCGUGGGAUGUAUGUGUGAUAAUUGUUUGCAGGCUGAUCGACGACGUCUUGAAAAGCGUGAUGUGACCGAGGAUGCAAUGCGAAUUGUUCGCGCGGUCGAUGGAUUUGUCCAUAUACGGCGUAAUGUCACCAUUAACUACUGUAUCGACCUGUUUCGUGGUGAGUUUGUGUGGUUUACUUAUUCUUUUUAA